CCCCGAGGGAGAAGCCUCUGAACUGCUCAUUAGCGCGGGCAGGUGAAGUGCGAGCGCCACUCAGCCCACUCCAGGUGCAGGGCGCUUCAGCGACCCGCCUCGGGAACCAGGCAGACUUUCGGACAAAAAGUCCUGUUUUCAGUCAAGAGAGAUCUGUACUUGGAAGGCAGCAUGUCCAAUGUGUCCUUAAGAAAAACAUCUCCCACAGGAAACGCUAUGAAGAGUUCUACUCAGGGAACAACACAGAGACAACAGGGUUUUCUCGAGGUGAACAAAAGAAGGGCUUUCUUACAGGAUAACAGCUGGAUAAAGAACCGUCCUGAAGGAAGAGAUGAAAAUUAUGGUAGGGUGGUGUUGAACCGUCAUAACUCCCAUGAUGACUUGGAGAGGAAAAUAAAUGAGAUAAAUGAGCUAAAAGCCACAAUUAGCCGGUAUAGAUCUGAUGACAGUUUGGACAGGAUCUCAGAUAGACAUGAUGCUGCUAAAACAUAUAAGGCCAAAACCUUGGAUAACCAACUAACCAAUAGAAAUAUGUCUGCGUUUAGAUCACCAGAAGCAACAAAAAUCAGGCGACCUGGAGGUUUUGUCAGUCUGAACACCACCAGCACCCUCCCUCCCACCUCUGCUACAGCUCCAGUAAAGAAAAAGAGACAGUCCUGGUUUCCACCACCCCCUCCAGGAUAUAAUGCCACUCCAGGCACAGGAGCAAGCAGAAGGGAACCAGGUGUUCAUCCUCCAAUACCACCAAAGCCCAGUUCUCCUGUUUUAUCUCCUAACCAGCUGAGACGGGAUAAUAGGCAGAUUUGUCCACCAAAAGCAAGUGUAUAUUCAGAAAACAACAGAUCUGCUGAAAGAAAUAUAAGUCGUCAGGAUCUGGAGAACAUCGUCAAAGUGGCGACUUCACUUCAGAGAACUGACAAGGGUGAAGAAUUGGAUAAUAUCAUCAAAAUGAACAAAAGCUUGAGUAGAAAUCAAGGUCUUGAUGGCAUCUUCAGAACAACUCCUAAGGCAGAGCAAAUAGAGAAAAGAGCCCAAAGCCUUGACUGUCUUCUCUUUCUGAAUAGCCGGCCAAACAAAGACGGCAAAGGAAACCAAACUCUUGACAGUUUCAUAAAAGAAAACCCCAGAACAGUAAAGAAUGACAAAGGAAACCAAGGCCUUGGAAGUUUUAUCCAAUUUAACCAAAGGACUGACCAGUAUGAGAAAGGAAAACAAGACCUCAGUGGGCGCAUUAAAGUGAGUCCUGAAACAAAUAAAAAUAUGAAGAGGGGCCAGAGUCUUGGCAAUCUCAGCAGUGUGACCCCUGAAGUGAGCAGAAGUAACUCAGGUUCCAAAGACCUUGAAAACCUCAUCAAAGUGAAUCCAGGAACAGACAAAAGUGUGCAAGGGUGCCAAAGUGUUGACAGCCUUAUCAAAGUGACUCCUGAAACAAACAGAACUAACCAAAGGAACCAAGACCUGAACAAUCUUAUCAAAGUGACUCCCUCAGCAAACAAGAGAAAUCAAGAUCUUGACAAGCUCAUCAAAGUGAAUUCUGAAACUCUCACCAACAAUCGGAGAAACCAGGAUCUGGAUACCCUCAUCAGAGUGAACCCUGAAGCGGUCCGAAGCAGUCAGAGCCAAGACUUGGACAAUCUUAUUAAAGUGAAACCGUCCGCUCUCAGGAACACGGCGCGAGAUCGGGACCUGGAAAAUUUAGUUGAACUAAAAUCUAAUGUACCCAAAAAUAAGAAUGGAAGGCUAGAAGGCCAAGUCAAUGGACUGACUGAUGCUUCCAACAACAGGUCCACAGGAACGACUACCCAUUCUUAUGAAGAGAGGAAGAAUUUCAGUUCCAAUGCUGACACCAGGCCUGCAGGACCAAAGGAUACCGUUGUGUACACGAGGACAUAUGUGGAGAACAGUAAAUCCCCAAAGGAUGGCUACCAGGAGAACAUUUCUGGGAAAUACAUACAAACUGUUUACUCAACUUCAGAUAGGUCUGUCAUUGAAAGAGAUAUGUGCACCUACUGCCGAAAGCCCUUGGGCACAAAAACCAAAAUGAUUUUAGAUGAAUUACAAAUUUGCUGCCAUUCCACUUGCUUCAAGUGUGAAAUAUGCAAACGGCCUCUGGAAAACCUGAGAGCAGGAGACAGUAUUUGGAUUUAUCAACGGACAAUACACUGUGAACCUUGCUACUCCAAAGUUGUGGCAAAGUGGAUUCAAUAAUUCUGGCACAUGGGAAUCAAGAAAAAAGCAUUCAUUAAGGAAUUAAAAAAUUAUUUUAAGAAUAUGUAAUUUAGAAAAGCUUUUACUCUGAAGAUUGACUUUUGUAUACAAUGAACAAUUCUGCUAUUGCAUAAAUAACCUAAUUGCCUUCAAAAAGGUCAUAUUCAUAAAGGGAACCAUCUGUUAUCUGGCUAGAUUCCGUCAUCAAAAAUUCAAGUGGUUUCAGUUACCAAUGUCAAAGGAAUGAUGCUCCUGAUGGGUGAGAGCAUCGUCACCCCAAGCAGGCCCACCCCUGCUCCAUCAAGCUGUGCAUCGUGAUUUCCAUUAUAAACAAAUUCCUGAUUGUCUCACCUUUGUUUCCCUAAGAAUUUGGAUUUGCAGACAUUAUUGACAAAUUGUCAAGAAAGCAAGAUAUGUUUCCUUCAUGUGCAAAAGAAAUGUUGAUAGAAAUGUUCUUAUAAAGUUUGGCCAAUAAUAACAUAAAGUCAUAUGGACCUCAGAAAGUCCUUUGAACUUUCUGCUCUCUCUUUUUUUAUCUACAAUAUGAGUGGCAUUGAAAAUUGUCCCAAAGGUCCCUUUCUGAUCCUCAGAUUAUUCUAAAGCAAGUUUUUGUUUCUCUUUAGAAAUAUAUCUGAAUAAGUCUUUGUUAAUCAUUUUGAACUAGAGAGGACAUCUGAACAGCUUAACUUCAGUGUAAUUCAUUUUAUUGCAGAUAUAAUUUUAAAAAAUAGAAAGACAUUGGCUUAUGGGUAAUGGGUAAAAUUAUAUGACAUGUAUUUUACAUAUUAUAAUUGGUUAAUUUUUUGCAUGUGUUUCAAAUCUGGUUAUAUAAAUAAUCUAUGAGAAAAUAAUGGUUAUGGACUACAAAAGACAUGUUCUUUAACAUGUUACAUCUAUUCAUAUUACAUAGCACUUUAUGUUUACAGAUGGCUUAUUCAAAUAAAAUGAACUAUCAGUGAUAC